AUGGUUAGAUCUACCUUCCUCUCGGCCUUCCUCGCCCUCAGCCUCGCAACCUUCUCCUCCGCCCAAUGCGGCUCCGGCACCCCCGACGCCACAGUCUCCGGCUCCUCCGGUUCCUUCACGGCCUCCGUGGCAGGAAGCCAAGUCUACAGCGGCUCAGACCUCUACAGCGCAAUCCAGACCGCGCUGGACGGAAUCAGCUCCGGCCAGCGCCUAUCAAUCCUGGCCUCCGGCUCCCUCGGCACAAACGUAAUCUCCAUCCCGAGCGGGAUAACCUUCGAAGGAUGCGGGACGAUCGACGUGCAAGCAAACAAUGGCCGCGGGAACAUCCGCUCGCUCAACACUCAAGACGUCUCAAUCCCCUACCUCACACUGACGGGGAGCCCGUAUUUCGGAAUGCACUUCUACGGCGUGUCCCGGUUGUCCCUGGGGGAGAUCAACAUGGCUCUGAGCGGCGGGCUGGGGAUCCGGUUUGAGCGCGACGAGGCGGCGAACUCCGAAGUGUCGAUGGAUAGCAUCAACAUCAGUGGGGCUGGGAGCCACGCCGUCGAAACGUGGAACAUCGACGGGCUGACGAUCAACAGCGUCGUCGCGCGCGACGUCGGCGAGUGCGGGCUCCUCCUGCAGUCCACGACGAACGCGCAGAUCGGCACGGUCGACGGGACAAACGUCGCGACUGGGACGGGGUACGCGACGUUCCGGAUGGCGAAUGCGAAUGGGCGGUUGAGCGAUGGAUCCUACGAGACGAAUGUCUUCGUGGAGAAUGUUGUUGCGCGGGGCGGGGGCCGGGGCGUCUUCUGUGUUUCGGAGAGUGGAGGCGUGCAGAUUGGGAAUGUGGACAUUAGCGAUACGGGGAAUAAUGCGAUUCUCAUUGAGAAUUGCUAUGGGGUGGAGAUUUUGGGGGGCAGUGUGGAUGGGGGUGGCGAUGUGAGGAUUUCCGCGAGGGAUGAGUUUGCGAAUACGCGUGAUGUGAGCAUCAGUCUCGAGGUGAAUGGGGCGAAUGUGGUGGAGAGGCCGUGUGGGGAGAAUAUCUCGUGGGAUAUCUCGGGGGAUGCAAGUCUUGAUGUCUGUUAG